GGACGGCGUCGUGGGGGUCGUGGUGGCCUCGUUCUUGUUCAACAUGGGGCGCGCGGCGCGGCGGGCGGUCAGGUCAUGCAGGUCAGGCGACAGAUGCAACAACGCGGAUCAGGGCGGCGUUGCGAGCGAACCGCGAACAAGCACAAGCGCCUGUUGUUCCGACGAUGAUGCGACGCGAACGAACGACGGACCGAGAGCGCCGAGCAGGCAAUAACGACCACGAUGGGCGAUUAGUGAUGCGCAGUGCUGAAUCGACUCGCGGCGUCUCGCCCCGCUGCUCGUCUGUCGUCGUUCAUUAAGGUCGCAGCAUCGCGCCAUUCGAAGAGGGCACACACACCAACGACGGCUUGCUCGCUGGCGCCGAUACCACCUCGCUCGCUCCUCACCACUCACUCACUCACUCGCCGAUCCGUCUGCGUCUGCGCGUCCCUCUGCAUUGCGCUGCGCUGCUCUUCGCCGCUCCCCCCCUUGCCCUGCAGCUCCGCCCCGCCCCAUCGUCAAGUCGCUCGCUCCCUUGCCGCUCGCCGCGUAUCGCCCAUCGCCAUCGCCAUCGCCCACACGACUUGGUCGCUACCCCGCUGCCUCACUGGCUCCGCGCGUCAACCUUGCACCCAAACAACAUUUUACUCUCUCCACGUCGUUGUCGUUGUCGUCGUUGUCGACUUCACACACCGCGACUACUACCCUUGUUCUUUCGACGACCUCGAAACUUGGCCGUUCCCUCAAAUCAACCAACAUUCCUUGCCUCUCUGGGCUAUCGCGUCCAUUCCGGUGCUGGCCUUAUUCGGUGGUCGGAUCUGGAAAACAGUGAGUCGGUGCUUCUCGUCAUUUGGCUGCUGGAACGGGUGGAACCGACGAUUCGAGUGCCGUUGGAUCAGGACGCCGUCUCAGGUUGUCUCAGGUUGACACAAGGCGAGCGAGCGGAUACGUGCCGCGGCGCGGCGGCUUGCGUGUCGAGAAGAGAAGAGGAUGGGCGAGGCGCGGCGCGGCGCGGCGCGGCGGGUCUCAAACUCCCCGCCGCUGCCGCCGCCGCCGUCUGGUCCGUGCGCAAAGGGAUUCCUGGCUGCUAGUCAAAGGAGAUUAUUAAUCGGCGCGGCCCCUCGCCGGCGCCGAUUCGGAGACAUGUCCAGGCCAUAGGUAUCCGCAGGCGUGCGUGCACGACUUGUUCCCCGGAGGAAUGAUGGAAUCGCGCCAAGUCGCGCCAGCCGCGCCAGUGCUUACAGUGUCGUCCGACGACCUGUUGUCGAGCGCAUGUACGGAGGCGUCGUCGAGCGGCGCCAGUGGCGUGGUGGUGGCUGAAGAGGCUGGGAGGGCUUGUCGCACAGUACAAUGCUCACUCAUGCUCUUACAGGUAGUCACGCUAUCCUACUCGCAAGUCGCGCCGUCGUGAUUUGUGAGACAUCCCCAUCGCCGGGGUUCCUGCUUUCCCUUGCCCCCCUCAAGCGGAUCCGACCUGUUCCACGCUGCCGCUGCAGCUUCUGCUCAUCCGCGCCAGUGUUCGACACCUCGCUCCAACACGCAUCGGUCAUUGGUCAUCAUCACCCAGCGUACGACAUCCCCCUUUACUGCUUCAAAAAGCCGGGUUCCCGUCGAUCUGCGUGCUGCACUGGCUCGCCGUGCCGUGCUCAAGGUUACGGCGUUUCUGGGUCCAUCGAGCCCUCAGUUUCCACGUCAACCGGCGCUCUCCUGGCGGAACUAGCAUUCCUCAGUUUCACGCUGGCCAACGAGGUCUGCCCGAAAGGCCAAACAGCUCUUUUUGCCCCGACCACUCCAGGUACGCGUGGCGCUACCACGCGCGACGUCAUCCCGGGUUGUGCUUGCGUCCUUGCCCACCCCCUUGUUCAGGUUUCGCUGUUCUCGAAGGCCAAAAGGGCUCGUACUCCCAAUCACCGUACUACACAUUCAAGCCACGGCACCUGUGGCUACCCAGAGGACAGAGGGAGGGGGUUCCGACGCCUCAAACUCGCCUCUGUUUCCGAACCUUCUCCGCUUCGGCUGUUGCCCAACCGCCGUCGCAGAUCAGUCACGUCGUCAACUCUUUCGUCGUCCGAUACAUACAUCCCCUCGACCAGCGUCGCGCUUGUGUGCACACACGAACACAUCCACACGCGCGCCCAGCACUUGCGUGCUCCCACCCAAGGGAAGGGGGUUUGAGACCUUAUCCUGAACAAGGAUCUCCUGGGUGCGGUCCGAGCCGCCGGCGACGACACUGCCGGCUACGGCUGAUAGGCAGCUCCAAGAGUCUAGCUUGGGCUAAAGUCGGCCAAGGUCCCACCAAGCAAACUCGCAUCAACCAGCGCCUCGGCCAGCCAGCGGCUCCCCGAUCUCGGCGCUUCAGGGAGCAAGAGCCCAGGAGCACUCCUACCCCGAGCCCCCCGCGCGGCAUUGCAGCGCGCGCCCAACAUGGACCAACCUCCUCCUCGUCAGCCCCCUCUUGCUCAUCUGUCACACAUACUUCAACACUCCCCUCAGAGGCCACCGCCGCCGCCGCUGCCGCUGCCCUUGCCGCUGCACCACCACCUCUCCCACCGCCACCAACGCGAGCCUCAUACACGUACUCUUCCUCCAACCCUACGCAGCGACAUCAUUCCUGGGCUCGCUGGCCCUAGCCGGUACGACUGCCAAACGUCACCUCGUGUGCCCCCGCAUGCCACCCUCCCUCCUUCUCUUUCUCUUCGCCCACCACCUCUGGAGCCUUAUGUAAAGACGAAUGAAGGAGGCCAGGUGACAAAACCCAAAACCUGGCAAGGACCUGAUCCAAGGUCUCUUUCUAAAGUAAUGGCGAUUCCUGUCCGGCACCAACAAGCAGAAGCACCUAGGGUCCUCCCCCUCGUCAAAACGACCAACAUGCCAGACUCGGUGCCGCCGACCCACCGCCAGCUCGCCACUCAUGAAACUUCAGCCACAGACGAUCAAACAAUGCAUCGGAAAGAUUCAACCGACUCUCAACCUUCACGAACAUCAAACGUAUCGCAGUCAACAAGCAACUCGGCAGAGUUUGCCUCGGAAGGCAUGUCGGGCGCCCAAGACACGCGUGACCGCCCAAAGGGUGCCGAACCCUCUGGCCGUCGUUCCGCACCCGACGAACGCUCCUCCCAACAAGCCGCGUCUGAACCUGCUGGCCAGAGUCAAUCGCCCCCUCGUGCACGCCGCACUCGAGUUUUGAUGACUCGUAUGCAGUGGACCGCUCUCAACAGGCUUUGGGACCAGACCAUCUUUCCAGCUACCGCCGAACGCGAAGGACUCGCGGCCGAAAUUGGGCUAACCCCUCGUCAAGUUCAGGUUUGGUUUCAGAACCAACGACAAAAGAGGCGCCGGGAGAGGGAGACGGGCGACGACGGCGGUGCCGAUGAUGGGCCAGCCGACGAGUCGACCGGUCCUUCGAGCCGCAGUCCGCCGGCGAUGGCAGAGGGACCCUCCUCUUGGGGUGGUGGUCAAGGCUCUGUCCCAUCGUCUGCCUGGAGCAUGUACAGCGAGACAGCAUAUCCAUACCCUCCUCGGUCUCAUCAUCUUGGGCAUCCUUCGUCGCAUUCUUCAUCAUCCUCAUACCCAACUCUUCAACCUCUUGCACCAAUACGAUCUGAGCGCACCUCUCCGUCGCCAUUUGCUGGCGGUCCGCCACCACUACCUCACCAAUACCCUCGACUAGACACUACCCGUCCCAGCCAUACCCAGCAGCAUCGCUCUCCUGUAGAGCCGCUGUACGACCCAUACUCUCAGCAUCCUGGGCCAAGUCCCAGCAGUGACCAGCACUUUUCGCAAAAUUCUCGCCACCCUCAACAUCAGCCUGAUCGAAGGGCUACGGCACCCGCCGACUGGGGCGCGCACCGCCCAAUGCUUGGCCUUUCGCAGCCGCGCCCCCGAUCUCAUUCGGCCAACGUGCAGAGCCGCCCGUACCCACCUGGGCCGUAUACGACCGGUGGUGGGCAUGGAGUACUGGGACCUUCUGGACGCAUGGUCAACAACCCUCCGGCGUUGCGCUCAUCCCGAUCUCCGUCACCUCUGUUACGACAGCGUUUUGGUGGUAGUGGCGGCGCUGCUGGCGGUGGCGGUCAGCCGUCGUCUUCCUCUGCUGGUGCGGCCCCGCGUCCGAGGCAACAUUCGCCACCGCGUGUUCAUGGCUCAAGAUCGGAAGCUCCAGACUUUGACUAUGGACAGAGGUACGCGUACGACGAGGCACGCGGGUCCCGUCACUUAUGGGAAAUGGGACGGACGAGCGGUGUACCUCCGGGAGGAGGCCCUGCCCGAAUAACGCUGUCGCCACCGCCCUUGGCAUCUGUCGGCGGUCCGUCAGCGUCGGCAUCUUCUCGGACCGUGGGCGGCGCAGGCGGCUCGGCGGCGGCGGCGGCGGCGGGCGC